UUCUGCUUCACCCUGCGAGGAGCUGUAGCUCCCUCUGCAUAUGUGAUUUUCCUCCCAGGCUGCACAAUGCAGCCCAGCUUCACCUAUUCUUGCCACUUUCCUACAGUUUUGUUGGUGGGCUUCUCUCCUACCCGUUCCAUUUAUCUCCGGUAUUAGGGCACCCUUUGCUAAAUGAAGCCAAUUAAUAAAUGGAGACGUUAAGCAAUCAAUUGUGCCUGCCCAUCUCCCCAGCCCUGCGUACUCCCGGCUGUAAUCGCAAGAUAAAUGUGAUGUGCUGAUGUAUGGUAAUGUUCAAUAAUACAUUCUCCGCCAGGCUCGAUUCAUCAGGGACUUUCUGGAGGGGAGGCAUUCGUUAUUGGCUGUCUCCGGACCUCAAGGAUAACAGUUCUGUCCUUUCCAUUGGCCGACCCGCUGCUGCAAGCCUCUUCCCGUCUUAUUUUGAUGAUGAAUAUGAAGGCAUGCUGAGCCGUGCUGGAGCGCAGCGCUCACCGACUGCACUCCCUCCUGGCCUCAAGGACUGCGGGGCUGCCUCGCUGCCUCCCCCGCCCGCCGCUGGCAGCAGCAACCCCCGAAGUUGGGAUGCUUUUCUUCACCCAGUGCUUUGGGGCUGUCUUAGAUCUCAUUCACCUACGAUUUCAACACUACAAAGCCAAGAGGGUUUUCUCAGCCGCCGGGCAACUCGUCUGCGUCGUCAACCCAACUCACAGCCUGAAGUAUGCACCAACCCGUUGUGCAGUUGCACAGACAUCCACGGAGCAAGGCGGCCUCCCUCCCUGCCAACACCAUGAAGCAGUGCACGACCCCCAGCUGGUGCCCUGCACGUGUCCACUCUUCUCCUGCCCAUGGGAAGGGCACCUGGAGGUGGUGGUGUCUCACCUAAGGCAAACUCACCGCAUCAACAUCCUUCAGGGGGCAGAGAUUGUCUUCCUGGCCACGGACAUGCACCUGCCCGCACCCACGGACUGGAUCAUCAUGCACUCUUGCCUUGGCCACCAGUUUUUGCUGGUUCUCAGGAAGCAGGAGAAGUACAAAGGCCAUCCCCAGUUCUUUGCCACCAUGAUGCUGAUCGGCACGCAAACCCAGGCUGAAAACUUUACCUAUCGGCUCGAGCUCAACAGGAACCAGAGGCGCCUCAAGUGGGAGGCUACUCCAAGAUCGGUGUUGGAGUGCAUUGACUCUGUCAUUUCAGAUGGGGACUGCCUUGUGCUGAACACUUCCCUGGCUCAGCUCUUUGCUGAUAAUGGGAGCCUAGCAAUAGGAAUUGCAAUAACCACCAGCAAAGUUCACAACAGCGAAGCUGAAAUCUGAGGGCGACGAGGAAGAGAAGGAGGAGGAAUAAUGGUGCUCUAACUGCUUUGUGAGAGCCAGAACUUGCAGACUUUCUGGGGGGGUCUCAGGUCUUUUAUGGUAUUUAGUACUGGUCCACAGUGGGCAUUAUGUAAACAUCCCGUGGUUACGGUCUCUGUGUUAUGUAUUUACUGUUUUGUUAAUACAAUUUUAUGAGAAAUUUUAAA